UUGUCCACGUUUCAAUCUGAAUUCUUGUGCUUGUUGCUAAACAGUGAGUAGUUACUUGCCCGUGCCUGUCGUUUUGGGCUGGUGAAGAUAGCAGACACAGAACUCAGGUAGCCCCUAACAUCCAGUCGCGUCAUGCAUUCGUCACAUCAAGACAAUCAAUCAUCAUCCCAUUCGCUCUCUCAGAACGUCUCAGCAUGCACAGAAAGCACUGCCGUGGAAGGAAAUGAUGCCGGCCGACUCCGCCUACGCGAUGUCAAACAUGCCACGAUUGUGGACAUCGACACAUCAAACCCCAUCCGACUCGCCUCUAAAAGGCCAUCUAUCGACGAGUUAACCUGCCUCGGACCUCGUCAAAUCAUGAAAUCCACUUCCGCAAACAGAACCGACCUGCGAUGGGUUCACUUACCCGCGAACUGCAUGUCAUGGGUGGAAGACUUGAUGGCCGCCGUCUGCACAGAAAAAGGUCUUACCGUCCCCCGAAAUGAGGACGGCACUAGCCAAAAUCCUCUGCUUCGCAAGGAUCUUUGGGCUCAUCUGUUUCACGGUAAAGCAUCCAGUCAGAUCCACGCCCGUUUCAUGGGGCCCGUAUGCACCCCUUUUUCUCUCUCGGUCGACGACGAGGAGUCCGGCUCCGAUGGCAGCGCGACACGUGGGACGCUGGGUAACCUUGUGCUGUACAUGCCCUUCUUGCACUGGGAGUCCUUAGAUGCCUGGACGGAAAGGCAAGAGUUGAUUGGCGAGGUCAAAGAAGGGAGACCGGGGAGGCCUCAGGUCGAUAGGGACUUCGUCAGGACAUAUCUGCCUCAUAAAACGGCACCACUGCAUGAUCGGCGGUCUCUCCAUCAGGCGUUCUACCAUUUCUCUGGCCUCACGAGAUCGGUGCCGAGGGUGGAUCAAGUCAUGGAGAAAUUCACGUCUGGGAGGGGUGACCAGGAUGGAUGCGCGAAACUGAUAGUUGUGGAUCAAUUAUGGCUCUGGUUGAUCAAAGGCACACGAACGACAAACGAACAAGAUAAAGAUGGCAAUGGCUUGUCAGCGGACCCAGAUCUUGUCAUCACUGCCUUUCCCGCUCGGUUUAACGACCGGUAUGAUUCCGCCAACAUUCACCGCUGCAUUGUCGAACACCUCGAACGAGGUCUGCAGCCUCCCCUCAAGAAAGUGGAGGAUCUGGUGGCUUUGAUAGUGGAGCACUGUACGGGCGUCUUCUUCCAACGCCAGCUCGAGAACGACAAAUGGUUCCUCGAGUUUUUCGCGGCAGCAAUCGGGGAAGUGCGAGAAUCCCAAAGAGCCGCCUUUAAUGCCUUUUGCGCUGCCUCCCGUUCUCUCCAAAACCGCCAGCAGCAACACACCAUCUCCUCUCCACUGUCCGACCCGUCUUUGAGCAUCACCGAAGAAACUUCCCUCGUCUGUCGCAUCAAGGCCAUCAUUGACGAGCUCACCUGCAUCGACUACAUCUUGUCGCGACAAGAAAGCGUUCUCCACUCACUUACACGUGCCCAACCCAAAUCACGCAUGCUCCGCACCGUUGCUGAAAUGGUGAAAGAGCGCCGCGUAGCAUGGGCGUCGCUCGCCUCCACCGCUGAGGCCUCCCACUCUGAAAUCCAGUCGCAGAUGGACCUCAAGCAGAAACAGGCCAAUCUUUCAGAGAGUAGGAUGUCGAGGUUUCAAGCUCAGGCUUCCGCCUCACACUCACGCAUAAUGCUCCUGUUUACCGUCGUCACCAUCAUCUUCUUGCCGUUGUCCUUCCUGGCAACGUGGUUUGGCAUGAAUAUCGAGGAUCCCAAAGCCGGGAAUCUGAAACUGUACCAGAUCGCGGCGAUCAUAUUUCCGAUCUCAAUGGUCCUUGUAAUGGUGGCGCUGGCGUUUGCGUUUAAUGAAAGGCUGAGGGCCGUGGUCGUGAGAGUGCUGGAGUCCUUUUGGACUGUCUUUUCCGGGACGGCACCUACAGACGAGGAUGGAAGGUCUUGGAGGGAUCAUCACGAUGACAGCAUGGAGAUGGUGUAAUAUAAAAC